UUAGUUCACUUAACAGACUGAAAACAUGAAGGCGUUCAUUGCUGUUCUCCUGGCUGCUCUGUGCUUUGAAGGACUGAAUGCAGAGUGUCCUCAACCAAAUGCACUACAAGACGAUGAUGGAAACAAGCUCUGUGUUCGCUUUUUCGAGCACAGCAGCUACUACUAUGACUCGAGCUGCUACGGUGACUUUUUGAACGUUUAUCCCAACGAAGACGUUCCCAUCAUCCCCAAGGCUUGGGACAACCGUGUCUCUUCUCUUGUGGUGGGCAGAUCCUGCAGUCUGACAGUGUGGUCCAAGACUAAGAAGCAAGGCUAUAAGAAGAAGUUUUCUGCUGGCAUUGUGUACCACCUCAAAGAAGUGCAGAAAGGGCUGUUUGGAGACUGGAACGACUCCUUGUCGGGAUACUACUGCACAUGUUAGACUUCAAAGAAGUGCAUAAGCUCAAUGAACUUUAACAUUUAAUGUUAAUGGAAAAUAAGAACAGCUGUAAACCCUAUACAUGCAUGUUUUCAGAUGUUCAGUAUAAUUUUGCUCAUUGUAAUUCUGUUCAGUAUCUACAAAGGAAAUAAAUAUCCAAUGUUGCUGCAAGAA